CAUUUUAUCCUUUUUUUUUUUCUCUAAAAUCAGAGCUCUUAAUUUUCUAUACUUGAUUCUGCAAAGAAGAUUUCGAUGUUUCGCAUAUCACGUGCUGAUCUUCCUCUGCAAAACUGGAUUUGGAUUAAUGGCGGCGUAACAUUCGAAUAACUAAAAGCGAUAAGCUUUAGUUAUGCAAACGGCGUAUUUUCUUCGCGGUUCUUUCUUAAACGAGUGUCGGUUGCCUAUGAAUCAGGCUUCCAACUAUGGCGACUCGCUCCCUCUGCGAUUAAUGGCCUCUUCAGGUUCUUGACCUCUUCAGGUUCUUGAUUACUCAUCAUCAAUAUUGUCGUUAGGUUCUUUCUUUGAUUUGGUUUGGUUGACUGCUUCAACAUUGAUUACCUCGGUGGUUUAUCAUUUGGGUUUCGUGUAAUAAUUGUUUUUAAGUUAGAAACUGAAGAUUAAAUUGAUUGAUUGGUUGAAUGAAUUGAUUCCGCUUGUUCUUGAGACGUCUUGAAAAUUUGUGAUCUGGGUUAGUUGUGUGUGUAGUUUUCUCUUUAGUUUUAAGAGUUCUGGAGAUUUAUGAUUGGAGAUCAUUGAGCUAAAACACUGGAUGCACGAUUUUAUUGGGGAACACUUACAGGUUCUUAUAUUAAGGCCAAAAUUAGAGAUUAUUGAUCUGGGUGAUCGGAGAAAUCACAAUAUUGGACGAUGAACGCUGUAGGGAUACUAGGUAGUUACAUUUCAAAGGGUGUUUAUACCGUUUCUGGGCCAUUUCAUCCGUUUGGUGGAGCUGUGGACAUUGUUGUAGUCGAACAGCAGGACGGUAGUUUUAAAUCAUCGCCUUGGUAUGUACGGUUUGGGAAAUUUCAAGGAGUUUUGAAGACAAAGGAGAAGGUGAUCAACAUAGCUGUAAAUGGGGUUGAAGCUAAUUUCCAGAUGUAUAUGGAUCAUAAAGGAGAAGCUUAUUUUUUGAGGGAAGUUGAUGCUGAAGGAGAAUCUGGAUUGUAUUCUUCAUCUUCAGGCGAUGAGGCCGAGGGGAAAUUGCUGCAGGAACUCGAUUGUAGGAUCCUUGGUUCAAAAAGUUACAACUGUGAUGCUAGAAGUUCAAUAGAUGGGAUUGAGAAGAGUAAAGAUAAAGGGAAGAUAGUGACAAAGACUACCUCCCAACGACGGACACUUGGAUGGGGUCGUAAUUCAAUUAAAGAAGAUCAUCAUGAGGAUGCAUCUCUUGCGAGAGUAGACUCGCUGAAGCGUGCUGAGAUUGUAGCUGAUCUUUUAGAGGUUAGGUGGUCUACCAAUCUUCGCACACAAAAGCUUGAGAAAUCAGAUUGUUCCAAGUUUUCUUCCAUUGACACUUCAGAUGACAAGGAUGAGGAAAAGUUGAGGAGAGAUGAUGAGACAAGCCACGUGACAUCAACUGAUGAAGGUAACAUGGGGAAUAGUCUUGAUAAAGAUUGUGAAAACUCCGGCAGCAAGCACAUAACCAAUGGCUCUCAAUUGGAAUCGGAAGACGUAGCGCUGUCGACUGAGGUAACUAGAGAAUUGUCAAGUUUAAACACCGAGGAUAGAGUGAUUGAAAUUUCCACUAUAGGGGGAAAGGAUUUUGACGGGACAUAUGAAAUGAAAUCUGCACCAACGGAUAUCGAACAGACUGCCAAAGAUACUGUGAAUGCGACAGGAACCAUCUCCGAAAAUGCAGAUUCCGAGUCCCAGAUUUUAUUGUUGAAGAACAGUGAUUCAUAUUAUGGAGAGAACUUUAUUGGACGUCACUUAUCUGAUGAAACAAAUAUCGUUUCUCAAGUAUUCAACAUUUCUGAAGACAAGAGUGAAUGCGAUGCAGUCCAAUCCUUAAUGUUCUAUGAAACUUCCAAGAGCUCAAUGUUGACGAUGGAUGACUCAAGCGUACUGACUCCUAAAGCCUCCCACCCGGCCAAUGGAGGAUAUGGGAUCGUUGAUGUGCAUUCAGAGGGAUUGCACCUGACAACUGAAGUUCAUCCUGGGUAUACAGAUUCUAGUGUCGUAGCUGGAGAUUUUGAAAUAGAGACUGAAAAAUUUGAAGCCCUCGUGAACUAUUCUCAACAAGUGGAUCAUUGUAAUAGUUCUGUCUAUGAAGGCAACACAAUGGACCAAGAAAAGCUACCGACACUCGAAGCUUCAUAUACUCAAAUAGUCUCCACAGAAGAAAUGCAUGGUUCAGUUAAAGAAUUUAAGUCCGAUAGCAGAGGUUCAAGUUUCGGCUCGGAUUUUCAAGAUGACAAAAGUGUAGAUGGAAGUGUCAAAAGCAAGUUCCAAAUUUCUUCGAAUUCUAUCGGUAAUAGAGUCGUACCAAAAGAAAGUAACAUAAUACCAUCAACAAAUUCAGACGAUGAACAAUUCCUUUUCAGUGAUAUUGAUGUUUCAAAAGCUGAGCUAAAUGGUAAUAUAGAGUUAGACAGCCAACGUUACAAUGAUAAGGAAGAAUAUCCAUUAGCAUAUCCAAGUAGCAUUGAUGAAGAGGAUAGAUUUGUAAAUAGAAGUUGUGUAACAUCCAGUUCGCCAGAUAGUCAUGAGUUCUUCAAUCAGGGGAUUGCAAGUUCCAUCACAAUUCCUUCAAGUCGACCAAUCUUGAAUAAAGAAUUUGACCGUAUGGCAGCAUCACUACCUAAUAUGCAGGAUCGUAUUGAUAAUUUAAUUGCCGGUGAGAUCAGCCAUCCUCUAAGCCAUUCUGUGGACUCAAAUGCCAAAUCAUUGAAGUGGAUGGAAUUCUCUAAAGAUAAUGCAGGCUCCAAAUCUUGUAGAGAUGAAGAAGAUAAAGUGGCAGAGGAACGGUCAAGAUCUGAAGAAUCCUCGGUUUCAGAAGAACUCAAAGGUAUUAUUCCUAACUCUAGAGCGGGUAGUCCAGCAGAAGCAACUGUUGACCCAGUUGGAAAUUGGAAACUUUGGCCUUUCUCUUUUAGAAGAUCUAGUUCUAGGAAAGGAACACAAUCAGCUGUUGACGACUACGUAGAUUUUGAUAUUAAGAAGACUUCAGAUAGGAACGUUCGAAUGGAUGGAGAAGCAAGUAUCUUUAAGCACAAGGCAGAGAAAAAGAUGGUUAAGUCCCUCACACCGACAUCUGAGCAGCUGGCAUCCUUAAAUCUCAAGGAAGGGGGAAACACAAUACUUUUCACAUUCUACACUGCAGUGCUGGGGAAACAGCAGGUUGAUGCCAAGAUUUAUUUGUGGAAAUGGAAUACUCGCGUAGUGAUAUCAGAUGUGGAUGGGACAAUAACAAAAUCGGAUGUUCUGGGUCAAUUCAUGCCCUUUGUUGGAAGGGAUUGGUCACAAACAGGCGUCACAAAUUUAUUUUCUGCUAUUAAGGAAAAUGGGUACCAAUUGCUUUUUCUUAGUGCACGAUCAAUUUCUCAGGCCUAUCAAACCCGCCAAUUUCUUUUCAACCUUAAGCAGGGUGGGAAGGCUCUGCCGGAGGGACCUGUUGUUAUCUCCCCAGAUGGGCUUUUCCCUUCACUAUAUCGUGAAGUUAUUCGGCGGGCUCCUCAUGAGUUCAAGAUUGAAUGCUUGGAGAGAAUUCGAGAACUAUUUCCUCCAGAUUGCAAUCCAUUUUAUGCUGGGUUUGGAAACAGGGACACAGAUGAAUUUAGCUACCUUAAAGUAGGAAUUCCAAUAGGAAAAAUCUUCAUUAUUAAUCCCAAGGGGGAGAUUGUUGUAAACCGUCGCUUUGACACAAAAUCGUAUACGUCACUUCAUACUCUUGUCAAUGACAUGUUUCCUCCCAUCACCUCGUCUGAGCAGGAGGACUUCAAUUCAUGGAAUUACUGGAAACUAUCACCUCCCUUGGUAGAUUCAUAAAGCUUUUUUUGCCUGAAAUAUGAGAUCCUUGAAUCUGUGCAUAAACUGUGGUGGGUGGGUUUCUUUGCUAAACUCAUUGGUAGAGAUUAUUAAGCUUCUGGAUCCAUUGCUGAUUGCGCCCACCUAAUACACAUCUUCUGCAGAAUCAGUUCAUAUUUCAUGCUGAUCUCUGCUGAGUUGAAACUUUUGUGUUACAUACUGGAUAUAGGGUUAUUGUACAGUGGUAAGCUCAUUGUAAGUAUGUAGUUUAAAUUCAUAGGUAAAUUAUUAAAGCUCCAUCAGUUUAUGUGUUUAUUUCCCUUUAGGAAGAAAGUUAGCAAAAGUAAAUAGAAUGCCUGUACAUUUUCCUUGUACCUUUAGAAUUGCCAAGGAAUUUGCUUCCACCAUGGUGCCAAAAUUCCUCAUUAGUAACAUUUGUUAUUAUUUUAUUCUAAUAAAGAAACAAACAUUUGGAGGAGA